CAUAUAUUUUACAUUUUUUUCUCUUAUUUUCGUAUCAGAACUACUGAGCUAAGAAUUGAUUGGGGGCGGCUAACUCUUCAACAAGAAGCAAAGCGUGUCUUUUGAAUUCGACAACGAAAGAUGUCUGGUGAAGAGGUAGCUGUUGCAGCUGAGGCACCUGCUUCCAUUCCCGGUGAGCCCAUGGACAUCAUGACUGCUUUACAGCUUGUGCUGAGAAAAUCUCUGGCUUACGGUGGUCUUGCAAGAGGUCUUCAUGAAGGUGCCAAGAUCAUUGAGAAGCAUGCUGCACAGCUCUGUGUUCUAGCAGAAGACUGUGACCAACCUGAUUAUGUGAAACUGGUGAAGGCCCUUUGCGCCGAGCACAAUGUUAGCCUUUUGACAGUUCCAAGUGCAAAGACCCUUGGAGAAUGGGCUGGUUUGUGUAAGAUUGACUCAGAGGGAAAGGCUAGGAAGGUAACUGGUUGCUCAUGUGUGGUUGUUAAGGACUUUGGGGAGGAACAUGAAGCCUAUAAUGUUGUUCUGCAGCACGUGAAAGCUAACUGAAUUAAAUGUCUAGAUUUGUGGGUUUCAGCUUGAUGUUAUUUUAUUAUGUCUUUGAGGAAUACUUUUGCCUCUGGAGUAUCUGCAUAGGGAUUUUGACGAUUUACAAUCAUAUCCAUUCUCAUUGUUGCUGAGUAAAUGGUUUUUUCUUUAUUACUAUUGGUUUUUACCCUGUUAUGACUUACCAGAACAGUUCGUUUCGUAUAAGUUCACUUUAAUCUUCUCUUAA